AUGUCAACUAACACCGAAACUAAAUUAAACAAUUCUGUUGAAAUCAAUCAUAAGAAAAAGAAAGAUAAAUUAAAACAGAAAAAACGAAAACUUGACAAUGGUCAUGAAUUAACUACAAUCGAUAAAAAGAAGGCUAAAAAACGAAAAUUAGAAACACAAGAAGAAGAAAUAAUUAACGAUGAAGAUCUUCCAUCAACAGCAAUUGAUGAAUAUAACGAUAAUAAUACAGAAGAAACGAAAAUCGAAAUCACUGAUUCUAUAACUCCAUCAGGUGGUCAUCUUACUUCGGUUAGUUUUGAAUCAUUAAGUGAAAGAGGUGUUUCGGAUUUAACUUUAAAAGCAAUUAAUGAAAUGAAAUUAACAACAAUGACUGAAAUUCAAGCGAAAUCUAUUGGACCAUUACUCGAAGGACGUGAUUUACUUGCUUCGGCUAAGACGGGUUCGGGUAAAACAUUAGCUUUUCUUAUUCCCGUUGUUGAAUUGAUGUAUAAAUUACGUUUUAUGCCUCGUAAUGGUACUGGUGCAUUAAUAAUUUCACCAACACGUGAAUUAGCAAUGCAAACUUAUUCUGUAUUAAAAGAACUAUUAGCUUAUCAUCAUCAUACAUAUGGUUUAAUUAUGGGUGGAACAGGACGACAAGAUGAAGUUAAAAAACUUGUUAAAGGCGUAAAUAUUUUAGUUGCAACACCAGGUCGUUUACUGGAUCAUCUUCAAAAUACUAAAGAUUUUUUGUAUAAAAACUUACAAUGUUUAAUUAUUGAUGAAGCUGAUAGAAUUUUAGAUAUUGGUUUUGAAGAAGAAAUGAAACAAAUUAUUCAAUUAUUACCAAAACGUCGUCAAACAAUGUUAUUUUCUGCAACUCAAACACGACGUACUGAAGAUUUAGCAAAAAUUUCUCUUAAAAAAGAACCAUUAUAUGUUGGAGUUGAUGAUACAAGUGAUCAAGCAACUGUUGAAGGACUUGAACAAGGUUAUGUUGUUGUUCCACAAGAUAAACGUUUUCUUUUAUUAUUUACAUUUUUAAAAAAAAAUCAAAAGAAAAAAAUGAUGGUCUUUUUUUCAUCAUGUAUGGCCGUUAAAUAUUAUAAUGAAUUACUUAAUUAUAUUGAUAUACCUGUAUUAAGUAUUCAUGGAAAACAAAAACAAGCUAAACGAACACAUACAUUUUUUGAAUUUUGUAAUGCUGAAACUGGAAUUUUAUUAUGUACGGAUGUAGCAGCACGAGGUUUGGAUAUUCCAGCUGUUGAUUGGAUUAUACAAUUUGAUCCUCCAGAUGAUCCAAAAGAAUAUAUUCAUCGUGUUGGUCGAACAGCACGUGCUGGUGCUCAUGGUCAUGCAUUACUUAUUUUAACACCACAAGAACUUGGUUUUCUUCUUUAUCUCAAACAAGCACGAGUCACAUUAAGCGAAUUUGAAUUUUCAUGGAAUAAAAUUGCUGAUAUUCAACCUCAAUUAGAAAAAUUAAUUGAAAAAAAUUAUUUUCUUCAUUUAAGUGCAAAAGAAGCAUAUAAAGCAUAUGUUAGAGCUUAUGCAAGUCAUAGUAUGAAAAAUGUUUACAAUGUUGAACAAUUGGAUUUGGUUAAAGUUGCUUAUAGUUUUGGUUUUCGUGUUCCACCUGUUGUUGAUAUUGGAGUUUAUCAAAGCAAAAAAGGAUUGAAAUCGAAAAAUGGAUUUACACGACCAAAACAAGAACGAAAAAUUAAGAUCUUUAAAAAUUUAAGCAAUGAAAAAGCAAAAAAGAAAUUUACACGAUAA